GCUGAAACAUAAUUAUCACAGUUUUUGCUCGUGUCGCUCCUCUUUCUCUUCUCUUCUUUUCCUUCUCUGACUGACUGUUGCUAUUGCAUGUCGACUUGCUUUACCGAAAGGAAGCUUGCUUGCAUAUAACCUAACGCCCUCCCCCAAACUAACCAGUUUCUGUAACAUAAUAAGCAGCAGCAGUAAGCGCGCAUAUUACUUCUGCACCACAGUAACAACACUUUCGCUACUCCCCCCCCCUUUCCACCAUCUGCGGCCUCAGCAUAAACACAACAACCCCUUCAAAAAAGUUACUGAAAAUUCGCCAUCAUGGCAGUAGCUUAUGAUUGGGUCGAAGUCCACGAUCCUCACACAAAACAUGUCUAUUAUGCCAAUCCAACGACCGGCGAGUGCUUAUGGGAAGAAAAACCGACUGUGGGGUCAAUUAAAGCACCUCAUCCUGAUGGUGAUUGGUGGGAAUUGUGGGAUGAAAAAACCCAAUUACCUUACUAUUACCAUACACAACACAACAAGACUCAGUGGAACAAACCCGGAAAAGAAGAAUCUACAAUUAUUUCGCUUGUCAAAAUACAACAGUCUUCACCAGGCGCACAGAAACGACUUUCUGUCAAGGAACCACCACCCCCUCCAUGGCUGAAUAGCAACAACGAUGAUAGCAGCAACAAUAAGAGGAAUAGCCGAUCAUUGGAUCUUGAACAACAAAACGGCAAUAUCAAGAUAGCCGCAACCCCACAAAGAUCGACGUCCGAAGAAACCCGCCAACAGCAUCACCACCAUCAUCAUCAGCAUGCAGCGAGUACGAGUACUACUAUGAGUGAUAAUAGUAUUACCUCCUCAUCGGGAGGUGGUGGCUUCUUUGGAAGACGGGCGCGGAAUCCUCCUGCACGAAAGUCGAGUUUGAAGCGACAUUCGAACUUUUUUCGAUCGCGUACUUCUAUAGAAACGGCAUUUGCCAAUUUUACGCGAGGCAGUAAGAAGACGCAGCAACAGCAGGUCAGUGCACCAAUCAACAAUCCAGAGGCUAGGGCUUCUAUGCAUCCUUUGAACGACAACGGAUCCAUGAUUGACACCGCCUCUGUUUUGACCGCACCGCCGCCUCCGCCUCCGAAUCUGCUGGCUCAGAUCAACAAUCAACCUAUCUCUAAUGGAGAAAGUAAACGGAUGAUGCUACCUACAAGCUUACAACAUGAUAUCAAUCAGUUUGCAAUUGACGGCUUUGCACAGAAAUACUUUGCCACGCAUAAACGCGGAUUAUUCCGGCGACGAGUACCUAUGAAGGAGAUGCUAGAAUGGACAAAGGAUUCACUUAACAAGCCGCUCAUGAUGCUCAACAAAGAUCUCCAUAAAGACGCACUACGGUGUUUCCGAAUGAUCCAAAUGGUCAUGGGGGAUCGCCAUCGACCACGCAACUCGAGCGAUGUCGAAGAUUUGCAGUCCAUCCUGAGCUGCGGAAUCACCAAAGGGCAAAUGCGCGACGAGAUUUACGUCCAAGUAUGCAAACAACUUCACAACAACCCGCGCGGAUCCAGUAUUCGAAAAGGCUGGGAAAUCUUAUGCAUUGUCUGCAUAACAUUUCCGCCGUCUAAAAACCUUGAAUCAUACCUGACCCACUUUGUACAACAGCACCAUCAAGUCACUGAAAACGACGUCAAUGUCAUGAGCCAACACGUGUCCAACAAACUCAAACGCAUCUGUAUCCGCGGCGCCAAGGGUAAAGUCCUGACAGCCGCAGAGAUUGAACGGGCUAAAAUCGCACCGUUCAAACCUUCGGUGUUUGGUGAGCCUUUGCCAUUUAUAAUGAGUAUGGAGCAGCAACGGGAAGAAGAACAACGGCAGCAGCAGCAACAGCAGCAACAACAAGACGGUAACAAUAACGACGGCGAGUCUUGUCUGCAAAUACCUCGGAUUGUGCCGUUUUUGGCAGAUGCAGUAAUUCGGUUGAACGGACAACAAUCGGAAGGUAUAUUUCGGGUACCUGGCGACGCAGAUGAUGUGACAGAACUGCGAGUGCGGAUAGAGAAUGGAAACUAUGAUGCAACUGGAAUAACCGAUCCGAACGUACCGGCGUCCUUGUUGAAAUACUGGAUCCGAGACUUACCUGAGCCGCUAAUUUCAAUGGAUUUAUACGACACGUGCGUUGCUUAUGCAGAAGACAUUGAUAAGGCCAUUGAUAUCAUCAACUCGUUACCAAACGUCAACCGACGGAUUGUUUUAUAUAUAUUGAGCUUCUUGCAAGAGUUCAUUGACCCAGAGGUGAUCAAGCAUACCCUGAUGAAUGUCCACAAUCUGGCCAUGGUCUAUGCGCCCAACCUGUUACGAUGUCCGUCCGAAAAACUCACAACUGUGCUGGAGAACUCAAAAUACGAACAAGCGUUUUUGCGAUGUCUGUUAUUACAACUGGAUGCGGAUAAAGCAGCAUGUGCGUAUGAUACCAAUAGUGACAAGGCAAUAGGCUCAAAGAAAGAAAUGGAGUAGCCUUUUCCUUAACUCUUAUUAUUAUUACUAUUAUUUAUUAUAACUUAUACUUCUGACCACACUAUUACUCUUUAUACAAAGUUUUUCUUCUUCAUCAUCCAUUUGUUUUUUAUUUUCUUACCAAUCACACGACCAAAAAAAAACUGUCUUAUUUGGACACAAUCUGAUUACUAUCUCCAAAAAAAGCUUUUGUACCUGUCAUUGCUUCCUCAUGAAAAUUUCACCGCAAAUAAAAAUGAAGGACGUGCUUUACUACCUACAAUCGAAAGAUCAAGCACAUCAA